AGCAUCAGAGGACCAGGAGCAAGAAGCAGCAGCAGGAAUAUUAGCCUACUCGUGUUUGUACUCUCCAAAGACCAAACUGAUACUCAGGAUGCACAGGUGUGUCGGUGGUGUUUGUGUGUCUCUUAUUGUGUGCGCGUUUCUUACGGAAACACUCGGAAUGGUGAUUGCGGCAAAAGAGAAGAGAGGAUGGACCCUCAACAGUGCUGGGUAUCUACUCGGUCCUCGUCGUAUUGAUCACCUUAUACAGAUUAAGGAUACUCCCAGUGCAAGGGGGAGAGAAGAUCUGCUUGGUCAAUAUGCCAUAGACAGCCACAGGAGCCUUAGCGACAAGCACGGACUGGCAGGCAAGAGAGAAAUGCCCAUAGAGGAAGAUUUUAAGACAGCAGCUCUGAGGAUAUCAGAUGAGGAUAUUGUCCACACUAUCAUAGACUUUAUUUCCUAUCUCAAAUUAAAAGAAAUUGGAGCUCUUGACAGUCUGCCUUCCUCUCUCACAUCAGAGGAAAUAAGUCAAGCUUAAUUUUGACUGAAUCCAGCACCGACACACCGUGACCUCCACCGCGCCCGACUGAACUCGCUCUCAGAGGCUGCAUUUACGUUCAACGUCUUCUCCACCGCACUGUUCCCGACAAGCUAAACUGUCAAUAUUACCACGCAACUUUAAUCUGUCACAAUCACUUGACGGCUGAUGUGGAGAUGGAUUCAAAAAAUAAAACUCAUAAAUGGCAUUCGA